UCUUUUUCCCUGCCGGAGCCAGGCAUGUCAGUCACGCAGUUGAGACCAAGCUGCCACCAACCUAGGCAGCUUCUGUACCUGGUUCUCUGGAGGAUGAAGAGAGCCUGACCAUGGGUGAAGUGCAGAAGGGACUUCUCUCAGUCAUCCAAAAGCUCAAAGGUUCUGAAGAACAGGAGCUGAGGAUUGUUCUGCUAGGGCUAGAUAAUGCUGGAAAAACCACGUUGCUAAAGCGCCUGGCAUCAGAAGAAGUCAACACCAUCACUCCCACACAGGGAUUCAACAUUAAAAGUGUCCACUCUCAUGGGUUCAAACUUAAUGUGUGGGACAUCGGAGGACAACGGGCCAUCCGGACCUACUGGAAGAAGUAUCUGGGCAGCACAGACAUGCUGAUUUAUGUUAUUGACAGUGCUGACCAGAAACGCUUUGAGGAGACUGGGCAGGAAUUGUCAGAACUGGUGGAAGAUGACAAUCUUACUGGUGUCCCUUUACUAGUAUUUGCUAACAAGCAGGAUCUAGCAACAGCAUCCCCCGCAGCCGACAUUGCUGAAGGGCUGAACCUGCACACGUAUCGAGACCGACCAUGGCAAAUCCAAGCCUGUUCUGCCCUGUCUGGUGAAGGAGUUCAGGAUGGGAUGAACUGGAUUUGCAGCCAAAUCACAAGCCGGAAGAAAUGACAGUACUGGUGAGCACAGAAAUUAAAUUUCCUCUACCAAAUUCCUGGAGGCAUGCAAAAGGCGCACAGCAAAAGGAGCCAUCACAACAGUAUCCAAAAUUCCAAAAUAAGAAAAGGAGUUACUCUAAUAUUACCAUGAGAAACAUGACCUGAUUAACAACACAAUAAUUAUUUUAUCUAAGAAACACCCUAAACUGGAAAAUCAAGCCAGAAUUCUGGGAAUCAUCUAACAUACAUACAUGUGACAGAUUCCAUACAUGAAGCAUUUUUUAAAAUCACAAUAGGAAAUCCAAGCAUAAAAUUAAUAUUGUUACUGUAGAUAACUGUGCCACAUGCACAAUGGAGGACCUCUUCAUAGCAACACCAGAGGCACUCCAACUGGUCAAAGGAUAUUUAGUAUAAUGCCAAGUUUUUAAACUUUAUUUGUGUACUUAAAUACAUUACAACUGUACCCUCGGUUCGCUUCUGAUACAAUAAAUAAAAUAAAUAAUACUAUAGAUAUGCUGUUCACUCUAUAAGCAGCUUAACAUGAUGAUCUCACCUAUCAACUUAUUAGAGAGGGUGUUUGCUGCUUACAUGUAUGCUUUUGAUACAUUUGUAUUUUCAAGGCAACUCCAAGAGUGCAGUUUUAAUAUUUCCAAUCCUUACAGCCUUCAUUUACACUCCUUUCGUCAUUUACUGAUGGCAUAUUAUACUAAUAACAGUAAAAGUUAUCUCAAGCUAAAUUGUUGUAGGAUUUCCUUCAUUUCUAACUGGAGCAGAAAAUCAACAAGAAACAAGCCAACAAGUAAGAUAUCUAGGGAAGUCAUUUCAUCUGGUGCUCAAUACCCCCUGCUUUGGAAAUGCUGCAGAAAAUUCAAGAGCUUUGAAAAUAUGGGAUGUAAAUAUACACAUACAGUCUCUUGCAAGUGACAGAAAAGCUUCAGAUGGAUCACUUCUCAGGACCAGAAAACAGAAGUUCCACUUUCUAAACUUUUUCUACUCAUGAGGAUCCUGGUGGGGGAAAAAUCAGGAAGAGAGACUGCACCUCCUACAACUGAAUAUACUCUUCUAUUCCUGUUCUAAGGUGAGGCAGACUUGGUUCAAUAAAGUGGCCUGUAGCCUAA